UGUUUCAUACUCGUUCACUACUACUCGUUGUACAAAAGUCGAAAUCUUAAAAACACAUAGAUCCAGCUGGGGUGCGCAAAUUCUUUCUGAAAUAACGUUAUGAAAUUUUUAUGAAAUAUAAUAAAAGUUCUACUAGGAAGAAAUAAAAGUCGAAGAGAUCAUGUCACGACACAGAGAUGUUCGUUCUAUGAAGUAUUCUGAUGAGUAUGAUGGCUACGACGACGUGUAUGGGCAUUCUGUCGACGAUGAUUACAAUGUUUCGCCAGAAGCUGAAGAGUUUCUCUUUGACCGCAACAAGCAACAGAACAUUAGUUCUUUCCUUGUCGAACCUGCAGUAGCGAAAAGCAAUGAGUCUGUGGAAUCAAAAGAACAAGCUCCAAACAAAGCAGAAAGAGCUGCAUUGUCCGAGAAAGAAAAUGCCCAAUUGAAGGUUUGCAUGGAAACUGUUAGAAAUGUUAUUGGCGAUUCCGUCCUCGAAGAGGUUCUCGUAGAAAAAGUAAUUCAACAUAAUUUCAAUGCUGAGGCUGUAUUGAAUGACGUUUUAAACGAAACUCCUCCAAAAGAGACGUCCAUGGCUAAAGAACAUCUGGAAGCUCACGCAGGUAUUAAGCAGAAUUUGAAAACUCCAAAUAAAUUGCCACCUGCGACAAUGAUAAGAGUCACUCCGGCGGCAACUCGCUCGGUCAUCAAAGGUUUUGAGGUUAAAAACUCGGAAAAUUCGGAUUUAUUGAACACCCCCCGAGUCCAGAGUCCAGCAUCUGACAGAAGUUCACCAGGUUCGAGAAGGAAGGAAGAACUUUUGCCGAAAAAAUGGCCCACUUCAAAACCCAACACGCCUCGGUGUCAAUCACCAAUUUCCGGUCGAGCUACACCCGAAAAUGAGACUCGAAAAUCCCACGAAGACAAACGCGACGUCACAGCGAUUUACAAGGACAAACGCGGUGACUCCAAGGAUCAAUUGCACCUCGUUGUCGUCGGUCACGUUGACGCCGGAAAAAGCACCCUUCUUGGCAGACUCCUUUGCGAUCUUGGAUACGUUCCUUCAAAACUCAUGCACAAGUAUCAACGAGAAAGCAAAAAAAUUGGAAAACAAUCGUUCGCCUAUGCUUGGGUCCUUGAUGAAACUGGCGAAGAAAGGGAACGAGGAAUCACAAUGGACGUGGGAUACUCGAAAUUCGAGACGGAAACGAAAUCUGUGGCGAUUCUCGAUGCGCCAGGACAUAGAGACUUCAUACCGAAUAUGAUAAUGGGUGCGACUCAGGCCGACGUUGCUCUUCUCGUCGUGGAUGCGACGAGAGGAGAAUUCGAAUCAGGUUUUGACAGUGGAGGACAAACGCGAGAACAUGCUCUGCUCCUUCGGUCUCUCGGUGUUUCACAACUGGCUAUCGUUGUGAACAAACUUGACACCGUCGAUUGGUCGAAGGAAAGAUUCGACGAGAUUGUUGAGAAGUUGAGUUUAUUUUUAAAACAAGCAGGUUUCAAAGAAACCGUUACUUUUGUACCUUGCAGUGGAUUGUCCGGAGAAAAUCUGAUUGCCAAACCCACAGCAGAAGGAUUAUCGAGUUGGUACAACGGACCAACGUUACUCAGCGUCAUAGACCGUUUCAAAUGCCCGGAACGUCCCAUUAGCAAACCUUUCCGAUUUUCUGUAAAUGAUAUUUUCAAGGGCACCGGCUCAGGCUUCUGUGUUUCCGGACACAUUGAAACAGGCAUGGUCGCUGUGGGUGAUAAAGUUUUGUUGCUGCCAGCAAACCAAACCGCUGUUAUCAAAGGAAUUUUGGCCGACGAAACAGCAACGAGUAACGGUUUCGCUGGAGACCACGUGUCUUUAACAAUUGCUGGGAUAGAGCAACAAAAUGUGGCGGUUGGUGACGUGAUUUGCAGCAUCUCGAACCCGGUCCCGGUGACCACGUGUUUUCAGGCGCACGUGGUUAUUUUUUCGGCAACAGUACCAGUGAUUAAAGGCUUACCGGUUAUUUUGCAUCAGCAAUCGCUAGUCGAACCAGCCACGAUCACCAAAUUAAUCGCUCAAUUACACAAAAGUAGCGGCGAAGUAAUAAAAAAGAAACCACGCUGUUUGCCCAAAAACUGCAGCGCCAUUAUCGAAGUGCAAACCCAAAGGCCUGUGCCCAUGGAAUUGUACAGAGACAUUGAACAAUUGGGCAGAGUUAUGCUACGCGUUUCCGGUGUAACCGUUGCCGCUGGCCUUGUUACCAAAAUCAAUUAGGCCAAUCUCACGUUACAUUUUUAUUUAAAUUUAUACAUCACCUGUUAUUUACAAAUAAAAUGAUAAAAGCAACAAA